UCGAACUUUUAGAAUUGUUUGGCCCUGACCUCGUUCUUUUUUCUAAGGGCUGGUCUUUAAGCGUCAAAAGAAGAUUACCAUGGCUACGAAAAACACUUUUAAAAGCCGGGCCAAACAUAGGCAUAGUCAGAAGCCAGUUAGGCCCAAAUCAAAGUAAGAAGCCCAACUCAUCUUCAACCUACUUUUUCUAAUCAAGCUGGGCCGGACUUGAGCGCAUCGGUCCAAAUCGAAAUCGGCUACAAAAAAUAUUCCAAAUAAAAAAGCUAUAUAAUAAGUUAAAAUUAUUUUCCGAACCCCAUGUUCUCCUCCAGUUCCUAUAAAUACGACGAAUAAGGGGCCAAAGAAAAGGUGGCUUGAGAACUCCGAGAUUCCAGCUCAUACAAAGGAAAGAGACACCAUAGCCAGCCAGCCUGACCACCUCCUUCCUUCCUCCUCCCCACAGACCAAGAGACCUGACCCCCCUGACAGCCCAGAAAACCAUAAACAUCCAAACCAACCAAAAACUCCAUUAAAAAGGCACACCACCACUCCCUCCCCUGAGAAACCAGACGAAUUCCCCAUUUCCUCCUCCAUUAUUUGGCGUUGAAAGCAAGCCAACAACCGACCGACGCCAUGAGUCUCUUCGGCCUCGGCAGCAGAAACCAGAAGACGUUCCGGCCUAAGAAGAAUGCUCCAUCUGGUAGCAAGGGUGCUCAACUUCAAGCACACAUUGAUGCUACCUUGGGUAGUGGCAACUUGAGGGAAGCUGUAAGGCUGCCUCCUGGAGAAGAUAUCAAUGAGUGGCUAGCCGUCAACACUGUGGAUUUCUUCAAUCAAGUGAACAUUUUGUACGGCACUUUGUCUGAAUUCUGUACACCAUCCAACUGUCCAACCAUGACAGCCGGCCCAAAAUAUGAGUAUAGAUGGGCUGAUGGGGUUACCAUAAAGAAGCCGAUUGAGGUAUCUGCUCCAAAGUAUGUUGAAUAUCUGAUGGAUUGGAUUGAGUCUCAAUUAGAUGACGAGAGGAUUUUCCCUCAAAGACUGGGGGCACCAUUCCCUCCAAAUUUCCAAGAUGUCGUGAAGACAAUCUUUAAGAGAUUAUUCCGUGUCUAUGCCCACAUAUACCAUUCACAUUUUCAGAAGAUUGUGAGUUUGAAGGAAGAAGCACAUCUAAACACUUGCUUUAAACAUUUUGUUCUCUUUACAUGGGAAUUCCGAUUGAUCGACAAGGGCGAACUAGCGCCUCUUCAUGACCUCGUCGAGUCCAUCCUCUGACCAUAGAUGCCAUUGGUGGAACUGGAAACUCAUUUGUACCGCUUUUUCUUUUGCUUCCCCAUUUUAACUUACCAGCAUGAUUUACAGUUGGUUUGCUUUAAAACCAUUUCCAUAGGAGUGAUGAUCUUGAAACAGAAUAAGAAGUGUUGUGAAUCUUGUUUGCCCUUCCUAAUUGUUUUGCUGAACGCACAGUUUUUCCUUUUUUUUUCAUACUGUAUGUAUGUGUACCCAUCUGUCGAAUUGUUGAUAAUAUGGUUGUGAGAUUCCAGAAAUGCUGUAUGAUAUAUUUUAGCUGGCACUUAUCAUGUACAGGUGUGUUGGAUAGUUGCUUAGAAUUUUAUUCGCUCUUUAGCCAAUCACUGAGAUGUGGUUACGGAACUUUUACCUCAUCAAAACCCAUCGAAGUUUUGCAGCAUAUCUAAUGGCUUCAAUGGUGCACCUAGUCUAAUAUCAGAGUAUACAAUGAGCAUGUAGAGUUCAUUUAGGUAGCUUUAGAUAUAGGGAUUUCAAUAUGAUCCCAAAAGAGAAUAUAAUAUUUGUGUAAAUGAUAAUAUAGUAUAUAAUUUACAGAAAUACAUAUGCGUCCAAUAAGAAAAAUGUAUUCUUAUAAUAGAUAGUAGUAUGAAAUCAAGCCUUUAAGAAUAUGAUAUUUAUGUUAUGAGAAUAUAAUAUUCUUGAAGGCUUGAUGAUAUUUAUGUAGGGGUGGGAAUCGGUCGGUAAACGGUACACCGUUUACCGAAUUUACCGGUUUCGGUAUACCGAGGGUGGCCAAACUGUUUACCGUUUACCGAUACCGGUUUGUAAUCGGUUUACCGAUUACCGAAUUACUGGUAAACGGUUACAAACCGGUUUACCGAAUUACCGCAAAGGACGACGUGGGGCGGUUUUCCGGGUCGCCGUCGGCGGGGAUGAUUGGGUUUCUGCCUUACCUCCAAGUCGCCGAGGGAAGGGAGAGGGUUUCAGGGCCAAGUCGCCAUCGGCGGGGAAGCAGGAAGGUGGAGGCGGGGAAGCGGGGCCGUCGGCGGGUUUUAGUGCUGGUCACGCGUCGCGGCGUCGGCACUUGGCGAGGGAAGGGAGACUGGGAGGGUGAGGGAUUCAGGGCCGUCGGUGGCGGCGGCAGAAGAAGCAGCGUUCGGCGAAGAGGAGAAGAGGAGAGGUGGCUGCGGCGCUGCGCGGGGCUGCUCUCUCUGAACUGGCGAUUUCGAAACGAAGAAGGAAGGGUGGCGGCUGCUCUCUCUGCUGGGUGGGUAUUUUUUAGGGUUGAAAUCUUUUCCAAAUAAAACGACGUCGUUUUGGGUGGUAUCGGUAUUACCGAUUUACCGAUACCGGUUUCGGUAUACCGACCCACCCAAUUCGCUGCUCGGCCGCCGAUACCUCCGGUAAACGGUAAACAGUUUACCGCCGGUAAACGGUUCGGUAAAAUGGUAAACCGUUUACCGGCGUACCGAAUCCCACCCCUAUAUUUAUGGUAUGAGAAUAUGAUAUUUUUGAAGGUUUGAUUUCAUACUACUAUCUAUUAUAAGAAUUUUUUUUUUGAACGAAUAUAUAUUCCUGUAAAUUAUAUACUAUAUUAUCAUUACACAAAUAUCAUAUUCUUCACUGGAAAGACGUUUUCCUACUCGAGUAGGUGGGAGGACCAUAUCCGAUCCGCUCCAACUCUUUGCGCCUAUGUGAGACAUUCAAAUCUCCAUAACCGAAGUCAUGUCACUAAGCAUCUGAUCUGGUCCUAGGAUCUCGAAAAUUUGAGUUAGAGUCACGAUCUUGAACCUUCUGACCUUGCAUCACGACAGCCUUAAUUGACUAUUUAUCCAAGACCUACACUCCUAUUGUAGAUAUCACUAAGAGGGGAGUUUGGUAUCGGUAUUUGAGAUAUAUCGAAUAUCGUACCUAAUUUCUUUUUAUUUUCAUAACACCAAAAAGCAAACACUAGUAUUAGUCGUCUCUCAGCCUCCAAUUCGUCAAGAUAAAGAUUACCAAUGACA